AUGAAAAUCUUUUGGGCAAUAAUCGUCGUAUUGCCAAUAGUAUUAAGUCAAACAAUUGUUGUGUCUCCAUCUACGACAUGCACAUGCCAAUAAUUUUUGAAUUAAAGCGGAUGUAACAAUAAUACACUCGGAUAAUGCUAAUGGAAUCAAAAGAAUUAGGUAUGCCAACAAGCAAGUUGUGGAAAUAUAUAAUUAUAAAGUGAGUGUUUAAUAUCUAAAAUAAAUUGUUAUUGGAAUGGUCAAAGUUGCGUUGACUUUAUAUCCUGUUCUAAAUUAACUUCUAAGAUUGGAUUGAUUUGCCCAUAACAAAAUGUCUCAUGUUAUGGCUCAAAUAUUAAUUAAUGUUAAAGUAUUUCAUAAUUACCAAAAUGCUCAACUUAUAAAUUAGGAACUUGUGGUUAACAGGGAGGCUAUGGUGGUUAUGAUGGAUUGUGUGCUUGGAAUAAUACUCUUUAAUAAUGUGUUGUGGCUACUAGUUGCAGUUAAUUAUCAGAUCAAUAGGUUUGUAAUACUUAUAUCUAAAAUGCCUGUAUUUGGGAUUAUUAGAAUUUAGUAUGUACUUAAGCUACAUGCGCAUAGUUACCAACCCAAUAAAGUUGUAAAUUCGUUGUUGGCAAUUUGGAUCCGUAACAAGUGUAUCCAUGUUUUUACAAUGGUAAUUAAUGUUUGGAUGCUUCGUUUGAAUUGUUCUAGAAUUAAGAUUAAUGCCAAACUAAUACUCUAUUAAAUUACAGAUGGGUUGGAACUUAGACUUAAGGUAUUUGUGUGAGUUGCGCUCAAUAAUUAUUUGAACCUGCAAAUAAAUGUGCUUGUGAGCAAUUUAUGCUCCAAUCAGCUUGCAAUUAAUCAUAAUAUUGUUAAUGGAAUUAAAAUAGUUGUUAAGAUAUUCCAUGCUCCAAUAUUACAAAUUAAUUAUAAUGUAGUAACAAUAAAAAAUGUUUUUGGAGUUUAUAACAACAAAAUUGCUAGGUCUUUUAUUCUUGCUACUAAAUAACAGGAUUAAAUUCUUUGGCUUGUUUGGCUUAAUCAAUUAAUUGUCCAAAUUAUUAGCAAUAAAGUUGCAAUUCCUCUUUUAACUCAUGCAAUUAAAUUCCUUAAUCAUCCUGCGAUGGAUACGUUUCAAAUUAGGGAGUUUGCUAUUGGGAACAAUCUACUUAGGCUUGCAAAAAUUUGCAAUCUUGCUCAAAUAUAGUUGAUGAGAAGAUAUGCAAUCAACUGACAAGACUCUGCUAAUAUUCCGUAUUACUCGCUAAGUGUUAACAACUAACUUGUUAGAAUAUUAAGUCUUAGAAAUAAUGUACUUUUGUGUUCAAUUAAUUAAAUGGUACAGAUAUACAGGUAUGUGAAUGGACAAACAAUUCUUGUUCGAAUGCUAAAAAUAUUUUAACUCUUAAUGAGGCUCAGUGCAGUUAUAAUUCUUAGAAUACUUAUUUGUAUACAGGAUCUAAAUGUGUAAAAUGUAUAUAAGGAUCUCUCAUAUUGCCUGAAUAAUGCACUUGCUCAUAAUUGUAUUUGGCCCAAGAUUGUUAGGCUAAUCCACUAUGUACUUGGAAUGGUUCUUGUUAGUUGGCAAAUUGUUUAUCCAUACCUAAUCAAGACGUAUGUGUUUAAAGCACUCAUUGCCAAUGGACAGAAUUUGGUUGUUCUGAAUUUUAAUCAUGUAUUUUAUUAGUGGGAUCGAAUCCAAAAGAAUGUAUAUCCCAAUCAAUCAACUGUCCUUAUAGUGAUGGGGCAAAAUGCUAAAAUAAAUUCUACUAUUCUCCAUGCCAAAGUUACACUCAACCGGUAUUUUGUACAAAUUAAUUGGGAACAGAUGGUCUUUGUAUUUGGAAUGCCACAAGUGGCAGUUGUUAAGUCUUAUCAAAAUGCAACUAAAUCUUAAAGUCUACUUAUUGUGGGAUCUAUUAAUACGUCUGCAAUUGGUCAAAUGAUUCCUGCAAUUAAUCGACUUGUAGCACUUAUACAACUCCAGAAUAAUGUAAGUAUUAUUAUCAAUCUUUGAAUUCAUUUACUCCAAUAGGAUGCAGAUGGAAUAUAACUACUAGUACUUGUGAAUAAGUAGGUUCGACUUUGACAUCUUACAAUAGUGCUAAUUGUUAUACAAAUACUGCAAAAACAGCUAGAUGGAGUUAAGCAUCAAAUCAAAAAGGUGUUUGUAUCAGUUGUGGAGUCAAAUAUUUACCCAAUCCUUUAUAAUGCAAUUGUCAAUAACUUAUUUCAUAAUUGAAUUGUGGUUAAAACUAAUUAUGCUAUUGGGAUCAAGUCUCAAAAUCUUGUAAAGAAUAUGAAUGUUCAGUGUUGGCCGAAAACCUAUGCAUAACUAGCAUGAAAUGCUAGUGGUCUAACAAGGGUUGCAUAACAUUCACUUCAUGUAGUCAAAUCAAAGGAGAAACAAUUGAUGAAUGCCUAUCAUAUUCAUUAUACUGUCCGUAUAGUCCUGCAUUAAAAAGUUGUUCAACUUUAAAAAACAUGCCAAAAUGCGAAGAACAUAAAACAUAAGGUGUUUGUAAUUCAGUAAAACGUCAAGGAAAGGAAAUCUGCUUCUGGAACUAACAAUUUGAUAAAUGCACAGUAUUAAAAAGUUGCUAUGGAUUAUCUCAAAUGGAUUGUGCAUAUUAUUCAUUGUAUUGUGCAUGGAUAAGCACUCCUAACUAUGGUUAUUGUGAAGAGAGAAAAUGCCUGAAUUAUAGCACUAAGUAUUCUUGCACAUAUGUUCUGAGCAUAACCGAUGCAAAUUUAGUAUAACCUUGUCAAUGGCUGAAUGGAAAUUGUCAACCAUUAAUUAUCGCAUAAGCCAAAGAUGCUAACACUUGUUACGUUAAUUCUAAUGGUACUAGUCGCUGGACCUCAGAUUCCCCAAUUUCAGGAUUUUGUGUGCCUUGCAAUUUGCCAUCAUAUGCUGUCCAGUAUUAAAAUAAGUGCUCCUGUUCAUAAAUACUUAAUCAAAGUGAAUGUCAGUACCCUUAUUGUUCGUGGUCAAACAAUUAAUGUACUCAAAACUCUUGUUCAAAAAUUUAUAAUUCACUUGAGUGUUCUCAAUAAAGAUAAUGCUAUUGGAAUCUCAAUUAAAAUUAAUGUAAUACCAUAUCAAUAUCUGUAAACUUCUGCACAACAUUAAAAGGAAGUUCAUCCUUGGAAUGUUUUGCUUAAAGUAUUAAUUGUCCAGGCUCAUUGUAUGGAGUUUGCCAAGAUAGUGCAAGUUUAUAGACCUGUAGCAGUAUAACCACUCAAGCGGCAUGUGCCAACAGUAUUGGAUAAGAGGGUUAUUGUACAUAUGAUGAUUAGGCAUGUCACGUGAUUUCUUCAUGUCUAGCAAUUAAAACUUAUAUCUAUUGUGUUGCUAUGUAAAAAUUCUGCGUUUGGAAUGAAGCAACCAAUUAAUGCUUUACCACUACAUGUUCUAAUAUAACUGAAAAAUAAGAGUGCACAUACAUUUAUGAAAGUUUGAAUAGUUCUUCAAUCUAAUUAUGCGAAUGGAAUUAGGCUACUAGUAUUUGUCAAAAUGCCUCAUCACUCACUUUGUCUAAUAAAAACAUAGAGAGUUGUCAUAUCGAAACUGGAGGCACUUAUCAUUGGUCUAAUGCUCAACCUAACGGAUAUUGUAUCUCAUGUUCUUUGGAUCUUAUCAAAUUGCCUAACACUUGUUCAUGUGAUUAAUUAACUAGCAUUGAAUGCUUAACUGCAAAACCCAAAUGCAAAUUGGUUGAUUCUACUAGUUGUGUAAAUUCUUAAUGCAUAGAUAUCUUUGAUUAAGGUAACUGCUCUACUCUGCCAUAUUGUAUGUGGUAUAACUAGACUUGCGUAUAAUUUACUUCCUGUUCCAGUCUUUCAGGAACAACUGCUUUGGAUUGUCUGGCUUAAUCUACAAAUUGUCCAGCCAUAUCAAAUGGCAGUUGCAAAGAUAAAAAAUCUUUAGGCUCUUGCAGUUCUUAUCUAACAGCAAAUGAGUGUACUUUGGGCAUUCCGUCUUCUAAUGGAUUUUGCUACUGGAAUAAUAAUGGAUGUUAAGAGAUGAUUAAUUGUGAUGCUAUAUCCUAAAUAACACAAUGCGAUGCACUUUAUAGAAUAUGUUCAUGGAGUGCUGCAUUUAAUAAAUGUGUUCCCUUCAAAUGUCAAAAUUAUAAGAACUAAGAUUAAUGCACAUUUGUAGUUGUAAACUUCAAAGAUUCCUAUAUUGAAUUAUGCUAAUGGUAGAAUAAGGUGUGCUAAUAGUAUACUGAAAAAUACUAUAGAUUUGAUGAGCAAACAUGCUAUUAAAAUUCGGGACACACCUAUAGGUGGGUUGAAGACGAGAAACGUGGAUCAAGAUGUUAAGAAUGUUAUUCAUUAUUAAUAACAAUUACGAUGGUAAUCUAUUUAAUUGCAUUUUGA